CAUUCAUUUGGUAGAAAUCAGCUUGGAUUGCUCAUGUUUUUCAGUUUCCGAUAGAAUAUUUUUGGUUCGAUUAAAUGUUACAGUGUAGGAUGGUGCUCAGGUGUUAGCAGUAAUAUAAUUUGCACCUGUGGAGGGUCAUGCCCUAAUUUCAGCUCCUUUAUUCUUUUCUUCUCUCUGCAGACAGUGUGAAGGGGAAAAACACCUAAAAGGGGGUAAAACAUGGAAAUUUGAUCUACUGAAUAAUGUUUUUUUCUGAUUUUCAUAAUAGGAUGUGACUCUCCAUUUAGUGGCCUGUAAAUCUGCUGAAUAUGUUGAUAAAUUUAGGGUCUGCUUUGUCCAGAAAAAGGAUAAAAACACUCAAAUCUUCUCAGCCUUUAAAGGUGAACUUAUGUGAAUCCUUACUGUUUUAGUUUACUAACACUCGCUUUUUUUUGCAUUUUUUUUCAAACAAACACCUAUUUCUACAGUAACUUUUUUCUUCUUUCAUGGAUUUUUCCUGCUGUCCCGUUCCUAAUUUCGCUGUCCGAGCUGCACCAGACAAGAGUCCAGACCAAAGACCCUCUCAGCCAUGGCUUCCUUUGUUCCUAUGCGCCGCAUAUGACGGCUUCAUGGGUUGGGCAGACUAUAUGGAGACACGUGACAGGGCUUGGAGAAGCGAUGCUUCAUAAGAGUGAAAGCGCAGAGGAGACGGGAGAGACACUGGAGACGGAAGCUGCGGCAGAGGAGCGCACAGGCAACUCUGGAGAUGUCCUGGGGAAACAGAAACUUCUCUUUCAGGAGGAGCUGGAAAAAUUAAGCUCCACAGAAGUGAUUCUGUUAGAUGCACGCUUGUUGCUUAUUGAAUUUAAUAACUGCGUUUUUAUUUUUUAAUAUUUUGGGAUGAUGCGCUCCUGACUCGGACUGACGCGCGGAGAUAAAAGGUGAUUCUGCGCACAUGGAAAAAUUAUGUUAUCCAGACAUCUUAGGUUGCAGUAAAACCUCUCAGGCGAAGCCAUGAAGUCUGUGCUAGAUGGUGUGGCUGACACCACCUUUCGGACUAUCACAUCUGGUUUACAGUAUCUGGGCUCCAACGACGCCAACUAUGACAACCCCAUCAGUGAUGUAGACUUUAAGGGCAGCCUCGGUGUGCAGAAAACCGUGUCUGCCUUCCGCAGCAACCCCUUCCCGAACAAAGUACCUGCAGACGAGGAGCUCAUCUUUAAGAGUAUCCCCAUUUUCCCCACCAAUGCUUCAGAUUUCUUCAACAACAGGAGCACAUUCAGAGAUGAGACGAACAACAUACAAUGUGGGGAGAACUUUAUGGACAUGGAGUGUUUCAUGAUCCUGACUCCCAGCCAGCAGCUGGCUGUGGCUGUGUUGUCUCUGACUCUGGGUACCUUCACGGUGCUGGAGAACCUGGUGGUGCUCUGCGUCAUCCUGCAGUCCCGCACCCUCCGCUGCCGGCCGUCCUACCACUUCAUUGGCAGUCUUGCCGUGGCUGACCUACUGGGAAGUGUCAUCUUCGUCUACAGUUUUCUGGACUUCCAUGUUUUCCACAGGAAGGACAGCCCCAAUGUUUUCCUCUUCAAGCUGGGUGGAGUCACUGCGUCCUUCACCGCAUCGGUUGGGAGCCUUUUCCUCACUGCUAUCGAUCGCUACAUCUCCAUUCACCGGCCUCUCGCCUACCGGCGCAUAGUGACCCGGACCAAGGCUGUCAUAGCUUUCUGCAUGAUGUGGACGAUCUCCAUCAUCAUUGCAGUGCUACCUCUGCUGGGCUGGAACUGUAAGCGCCUGAACUCCAUUUGCUCAGACAUAUUCCCCCUCAUUGAUGAGAACUACCUGAUGUUCUGGAUUGGUGUCACCAGCGUGCUGGUACUUUUUAUCAUCUACGCCUACAUAUACAUCCUGUGGAAGGCACACCACCACGCCGUGCACAUGAUGAGCCGAGCCUCCCAGAAGAGCCUUGUUGUGUACUCAGCAGAUGGGACUAAAGUGCAGACCACACGCCCCGAGCAGACGCGCAUGGACAUCCGACUGGCCAAGACCCUGGUACUGAUCCUGGUGGUGCUGGUCAUCUGCUGGGGUCCAGUGCUUGCCAUCAUGGUUUAUGACCUCUUCUGGAGGAUGGACGAUGACAUCAAGACAGUGUUUGCGUUCUGCAGCGUUCUCUGCCUGUUCAACUCCACUGUCAACCCAAUCAUCUACGCCUUGAGAAGCAAGGACCUCCGGCACGCCUUCGUCACCUCCUGCAACGCCUGCAGAGGCAGCGGCCAGCAGCUGGACAACAGCCUGGAGUCUGACUGCCAGAACAGAAACAUCAAGAUUUCCGCCAACAGGGCUGCAGAGAGCUGCGUGAAGACCACUGUGAAAAUAGCCAAAGUGACAAUAUCUGUGUCAACCGAAACUUCUGCAGAAGCAGUCUAAUCGCCCUGCAGGAGGGCAAACAUGCAAAUGUUGUCCUCCCUGAACUAUGCUCUGAAAAAACAGAGAUAAGGUAUUCCAGAGAAAACCCUCUCCUGAUCCACAUCAUCACAUAGAUGCAUUAGUGGCUCCAUGGUUUUAUGUUUGUGUACGUGCACACGAUGUGCCAAAGUGCCAAGUAGGAAGGACUCAACCGAAAAUGGAAGACCUGUGUACCAUAGACUUCAUGAAAUCAAGUUAGCAAAAGCAUAUUAUAUUUUUGUACUGUGAAUUCAGGUUUUUUUGAGACGAUACGUCUUCAUUUAUGGGAUAAGGGGCUACUGACAUUUUUAAGUAGAGAAGUUUUACAGCGCCAUUUUGGAUUUUCUCAUCUGUCUUGGAGCAUAAUUAAAAAAACAAAAAAAAAAAUCUCUGCGCCUUGACUUUCUAAAGGCCUCAUGAUGCAUUAAAACAUUUAUAUAAGUAUGAGCAAAAUCAAUGCCUGCAGUUUUUUUGAUUGUUUCUUAUUUUUAAGUCAUAGUGGCAAAAUAAGAAGAGAUUUUUUAAUGGAGGUUGGAAUAAAAAAAAUAAACAAUAAAACAUAAACUCUGCUCCAUAGUACAAGUCAAAAAGCUCUUCAGUUUGCAAUGUCUUGGCACAAAAAUAUAGCGCUUACAUGACUUUUCCUUAUUCAAUUGUAUAACUAACAACUGUACAGCGAUUUCUUGCAAGUAAAGUGUUAAAAUGGUAUCAUUCAGCUACACAGCCAGGACGACGCUAAUCCCAGGCUUUUUGUCAAAGCUUGAACAGAUCAAAAGUGAACUUAGGCACAGUGUGCUGGUCACAGCUGUGGGAGAUUGAAGUGUUUUUUGUUUUUUGUUUUUACUAUAGCUGCUCUCAUCAGAUGUGUGAUUUCUGUGUGAAACCUUGUGACUUGGUAAUCUGUUUCCAACCCCUAAGCCUUUUUGACCAUUGCAGUAAAUUGUUCUAGUGCUGCUGUCGCAUUAAGCCAUCCUUUCAGGAAACAAAACAAACCCAUGGGCUAGCUUCACAUGGCCAGUGAAGUUGUCUUGACAUAUUUCCAGAAGAGAAUGUGUCUAGUGUUCUUUUUUAUUUAUUUCUCAAAACAACAAUAAAGCAAAAGCCUUUUCAUUAGCUAGGAACCUGAAUCAAGGUUUGUGUUUAAGAAUUCUUUGGAGUGGAUCACGCACUUUGCAGAAGAAGCUGCAAGGUUGUGACUUUUUCUGAUAGACGAUGUAGUACUUAAUCUAGAAGAAUUCAUGGCACAAAUGUUCUGUAGAAAUUUCUCUUGAUGUGAACUUAUCCAGACAGCUGUUUCUCAGUAAGCUUCGUAAUUUUCCGCAUUGGAGAUCAAAAUGUCAAUUGUUAAGUGGCUUCUGUACAGUGGUGGCUUAAUGAAGAAAAUGUGACUUAAAAGCUCACAACUAGUCAAGUGCUUUCAGUAUUGCUGUUUUCAAAAAUUUCAAAAUAAAGUCACAGCUGGUGUUAUGA